AUGGCCGACGACGGACUGAACAUCUACGACGAGAUCGAGAUCGAGGAUAUGACCUUCGACCCGAAUAUCCAGAUCUAUACAUACCCUUGCCCAUGUGGCGACCGAUUCGAGAUCGCAAUCGACGAUCUGCGCGACGGAGAAGAGAUCGCCGUGUGUCCGAGUUGCAGUCUGAUGAUCCGGGUUAUCUUCGACUUGGUAUGUUUCCCUAUCGUCCAACCAGACGCCGAUCUUCCUAAAGCCGAUGCGCAGAGUACGAGUGGCGUGGCUGUUCAGGCUUGA